CAGAGCUUUCUCCCUCCCUUCAGGAGCCUUAUUUCGCUCUCUCAGUCUCCAUAUCUAUUUCUUUCCCCCUUCUUCCCUCCUCCCCUGCUUUUCUCCUCCUUGCCAUCCCUCCCGAGCCCCAGUAUGGGUCUCCCCGCCUUCCCCUCUCUCAGGCUGCAUCUCCCCCCUCCUUAGUGCUCACCCCUGCACCUCUUUCUUUGUAUUCUUCUCACCCUCUCCCAGCCUCGCCAGCAUCUCUCCUCCCCCGCCCGGCUUCGGCCUCCCCCUGCCUCCCCAUCUUCAGCUCAGUCUCCUCCCCCUCGCUCCUCUUCCCUCCCCUCCGCCUCGCCCCACUCCCAGCCCGCAUGCCAGGAUUUCUCUCCUCCCUGGGGGUCUCAGUGCAUCUCCUUCUCCUCUCUGCCUGCCUCCUCCCUCACCGAAGGGUUAGCGGACACCCAUCCUUUUCUGCUUGGGGACCCCACCACCACCCGCAUCACUGCCGCUGUCUCUUCUUCACCGUAUCCUCCUCUACCCACCCUCUUCUCUCUUCUCUUCUCCCUGCCCCUUUAAAUCUGCCUGGCCCAGCCUCCCCCGUGAUGCUGGGAUGGAGCAAACAUUGAUUUGUGCUGGGAUGGAAUCGGAAUUUUGAUUUAUUUUUCCUCUCCCAACCAUAAGAAGAAAAAAAUAAUAAAAACACCCCCUCUUGAGAGCCCCCUCCCCCUUUGCAUCCAGCUCCCAGCUCUUCUUCCCUAUCUCCAUCCAAGGCAGAUUUUUUCCCCUACACUAUUCUCAUCUUCCCCCACCCUUGCCACUACCUCGCCCCCCCACCCAGCCUGCUCCUCCAGCUGGGGAGAGAGGGGACUCUUCGGACUCCCCCACCUUUCCUCUCUGGGUUGGAGCAGUCUCUCCGGAAGGGGAGGGGGCUUGGCUUGUCCGGGCGAGGUGGGAGUGGAGGUAUCCUGCCAUGGAUGCUGUGCCGGGGAGGCAGCCUGAGCCCCAGCCCACAUGCCACUCAGGAUGAGGGUCCGGCCCUGCCUGCCCUCGCUGGGGCCCCCCCGCCCGGCCCCGGUCUAACUGCCCCCGCCCCGAGGCCUCGCCCGGCUCCAAGGCCCCCAGCCGGCUCUCCAGUCCCAGGAUGCGCUGAGCCGCCGGGGGGCUGAGGCCGCCCCAACUACAUGCAUGUCCCCCGGGGGCAAGUUCGACUUUGACGACGGGGGCUGCUACGUGGGGGGCUGGGAGGCGGGGCGGGCACAUGGCUACGGCGUGUGCACGGGCCCCGGCGCCCAGGGCGAGUACAGCGGCUGCUGGGCACACGGCUUCGAGUCACUGGGCGUCUUCACGGGGCCCGGCGGACACAGCUACCAGGGCCACUGGCAGCAGGGCAAGCGCGAAGGGCUGGGCGUGGAGCGCAAGAGCCGCUGGACGUACCGCGGCGAGUGGCUGGGCGGGCUGAAGGGGCGCAGCGGCGUGUGGGAAAGCGUGUCCGGCCUGCGCUACGCCGGGCUCUGGAAGGACGGUUUCCAGGACGGCUACGGCACCGAGACCUACUCCGACGGAGGCACCUACCAGGGCCAGUGGCAGGCCGGGAAGCGCCACGGCUACGGGGUACGCCAGAGUGUGCCCUACCAUCAGGCUGCGCUGCUGCGCUCACCCCGCCGCACCUCCCUGGAUUCCGGCCACAGCGACCCCCCGACGCCACCCCCGCCCCUGCCCUUGCCAGGCGACGAGGGAGGCAGCCCCGCCUCGGGCUCCCGGGGCGGCUUUGUGCUGGCCGGGCCCGGGGACGCCGACGGCGCGUCGUCCCGAAAGCGCACUCCGGCGGCCGGCGGAUUCUUUCGCCGUUCGCUGCUGCUCAGCGGGCUCCGAGCGGGCGGACGUCGCAGCUCCCUGGGCAGCAAGCGAGGCUCCCUGCGCAGCGAGGUGAGCAGCGAGGUGGGCAGCACCGGACCGCCCGGCUCGGAGGCCAGCGGGCCCCCGGCCGCAGCGCCGCCCGCCCUCAUCGAGGGCUCGGCCACAGAGGUGUACGCGGGCGAGUGGCGCGCAGAUCGGCGCAGCGGCUUCGGCGUCAGCCAGCGCUCCAACGGGCUGCGCUACGAGGGCGAGUGGCUGGGCAACCGGCGGCACGGCUACGGGCGCACCACCCGCCCCGACGGCUCCCGCGAGGAGGGCAAGUACAAGCGCAACCGGCUGGUGCACGGCGGGCGCGUCCGCAGUCUCCUGCCUCUGGCCCUUCGGCGGGGCAAAGUUAAGGAGAAGGUGGACAGGGCUGUCGAGGGCGCCCGUCGAGCCGUGAGUGCUGCCCGUCAGCGCCAGGAGAUCGCCGCUGCCAGGGCAGCAGACGCCCUCCUAAAGGCAGUGGCAGCCAGCAGUGUCGCUGAGAAGGCCGUGGAGGCAGCUCGAAUGGCCAAACUGAUAGCCCAGGACCUGCAGCCCAUGCUAGAGGCCCCAGGCCGCAGACCCAGGCAGGACUCAGAAGGUUCCGACACGGAGCCCCUGGAUGAGGACAGCCCUGGGGUAUAUGAGAACGGACUGACCCCCUCAGAGGGAUCCCCUGAACUGCCCAGCAGUCCUGCCUCCUCCCGCCAACCCUGGCGACCCCCUGCCUGCCGGAGCCCACUGCCUCCUGGAGGGGACCAGGGUCCCUUCUCCAGCCCCAAAGCUUGGCCUGAGGAGUGGGGGGGGGCAGGCGCACAGGCAGAGGAACUAGCUGGCUAUGAGGCUGAGGAUGAGGCUGGGAUGCAAGGGCCAGGGCCCAGAGACGGUUCCCCACUCCUCGGAGGCUGCAGCGACAGUUCAGGAAGUCUUCGAGAGGAGGAGGGGGAGGAUGAAGAGCCCCUGCCCCCGCUGAGGGCCCCAGCAGGCACGGAGCCUGAGCCCAUCGCCAUGCUGGUCCUGAGGGGCUCGUCCUCGAGGGGUCCUGAUGCUGGGUGCCUGACAGAAGAGCUCGGGGAGCCCGCUGCAACCGAGAGGCCUGCCCAGCCGGGAGCUGCCAACCCCCUGGUGGUGGGAGCCGUGGCCCUCCUGGACCUCAGCCUGGCAUUCCUGUUCUCCCAGCUCCUCACCUGAGGCUACUUCCUGGCCUGGUUCUGGCUUUGGUUGCGUGCCUCUUCACCCCUUUG